AUGGAGGGCCUGCUGCCUGCCACCGCAUCCGCCUUCCAGCUGGUCCUGCAGCGCCUGUGCGGGGCUCUGCUGGGGAUUCCGGAGAGCCUGAGACUCAUCCCCGGUCCCGCUGCGUUCCCCUGGGGGAUCCUGGUGGGCACUCUGGUGGUGGUGUCUGUCAUCCUGAAGGGACGACGCGCUUCAAGAAGUGUGAAGACACCGGGUGCAAGGUGCUCUGCCCGCCGCACAGUCUGUGCGAGAUGCAGUGAGAACACUGGACCCAUCACAGGAGUCAACCACGCCCUCAUGUGCCCUGGUGAGGGGGCCAGUCCCCUCCUGUUGCAGACUUUGUGCUUGAGGGCACUGAGUAAACACCUGAGCAAGCUGCCACUUCAGGACACGGUUUACCGACAGAAAGCAGCACGCAGCAGCCAACCUCCUGAACUUUCCCAAGGGACUGAUGAAAAGCCCAUCCCAAAAGCACCGGGGAUGGAUGGAGAACCACUUCCGAAGAACAGAAGGGAUGGUUUGAACAAAAGUUUUUAUUAUCCAGAAAGUCCAAAACUGUGCCAAGGAGAAAUUGUGGGAUGGAAGCAGGAAAUCCAAGAGAAGGAGGAGGGGGAUCAGAGGCUGGGGCAGGCAAACACAGGAAUGGGGCAGGUCCUGAAAGUCAGAGGCGGCCAGUCAAUGUCAGUGGCUGGAAACCCCAAGCCUGACGACCUUGGACAUCACCUGUAUGACGGGAACUUGAAAUUCCCACAAAAGAGGGAAGCAGAAAAAGGAGGUCAAUUCAUCCAUGAGUCGGAAGUUGAUCUCAAGGGCGUCCCUCAUGAUGCUGACGUCAGUCUGUCCCUUCAAAGCGCUGACCAGGGACAUCAGGACAUAGCCAGACAAGUGUGGGAGCAAAAGCAAAGGAAUGAAGAGCUCGUAGCAGAAAUAACGAAUCUGAAAACCGAGAAAGCAUCUUUGCAGCGUGAAAAUUCAAGCCUACAAGAUGAGAUUCAACAGCUGAAGCUGAAGCUUGAAAUUGCUCCUGAUGAAGACCCUGUAACACAAUUACAGAAAAAGCUGUUUGAGGCAGAAAUGCACGGCUUCGAAAUGGAAAAGAAGUGUUUCAACACCUGGAGAAACAUGAACUCCAACUACCAGUUCAUGAACAUGUACAGGAAUAUGGUCCAAGACAUGAAUCAGGAACUACGAAGAAGCACUUUCUACUAUGAAAAUGAGAUUCGAUACCAUCAGAGAAGAGCUGAAGAAGCCUGCAUGGCAGCCAAGAUCACUGAGAGAAAGCUCCAGUACCUAUGGAGAGAAAAUGAACACAACAAGCAAAUGCUGGCUGAGGUCAAGUCCAAGUUCCAGCCUUUCCCAAGUGACCCUUUCAUUCCUGCUGCUCUUCCCCACAGCCCACAGAGGCCUAAAGUGUCAGGCCAUGGAUCAUCUAGUCCUCAGGAGGAAGGUCACACAGGAAGAGCUCAAGAAUCCAGUGUCAUCUGCAGUUGUGACUCAGCCUCCACAUCUGAUGGGACCUGA